UGCGUGUCCUUGAGCAAGUCACUGCGUGUCUUUGAGCCUCAGGCUGCCCCUCCCGGCGUUCAGGGGAAGCUAAUAGCUACUCAUGGGUCAGCUGAUCAGAAAAAUUACCUCAAGUGAUGGGUGGGACCAGGCCUGGCACCAGUCAGUGCUGAGCUAGGACAGGGAUUGUUGCUGGGGUCAUGGUGGUUCCUCUGGGUCCUUCUUGGCUGCAGACUCUUCCAUUGCCAGUCUAUGCUGCUGGCAACCAUCUGCACCCCUACCUGGAAGCUCACUCCUGCCUUCUUCAAGGGGUCUAGCCCUGGGGGCAGAGACAGUGCCCCAUGAGAGCAGUAGGCAAAAGAGGCCCAGGGAGGCGACUGGGUACAGACACAGAACCUAGGCCCCAUCCUCUCGCUCUGGGCUCGGUGCGCCUUCCGCAAGGAGCUUCGGAGUGCGUCUGCUGCACACCCUCCUGCCGGCUCCUCCCUCACUCCUUCCAUCCCAAAGAAGCCACAAAUGUGAUCUCCACCACACUCCCUCACAGUCCUCCAAGCACCAGCCACCUUGAGCUAAUUCUCUGGAUCAGCUGAUCGCCUGUCCCCGAGGGGAUCCUAGUUGGUACCGUGGCAGUGGGGCUGGGGAAUUUUCAGGGAAGCCUCGGUUUCUCUGGGGGCCAUGUUUGAGGUAGGAAGGGGCCUUGGGCUACCCUGAGGGGAGGCCACGGCUCUGCCCUGCAAUGGCCUAGGGCAACGGAGGCCCUGUUAUCCCACUACUCCCAGACCCACAAAUGACUCGGUUGGUCAGCUUUGUCCUUUUGUCCAAGGCCCAAAGGUCCACCCACCCAUUCAUUUGCCCAGGAAACAUGAGCUGAGUCCCUGGUGUAUGCCCCACAUGGUGCUAGUCACAAGGGGCCCUGGUAAUAAAACAAAGUCCCCAUUGUCCUGGGAGAGAGUUCACUGUCAUGGGUGCGGGGGCAGGUAUGUGACGUGCCGCACACCUGCUGCUGGGAGAGGUCAGCCCUCCCUGGGAGGACUGGAAAGGUGUGUGGAGGAGAGGCUGGUUGAUGGCAGGCCACGAUCCCCAUUCCAGGCUAUGUGCUUGAGGGUGGGAAAGUGGGGCGUUGGCAGUGGAAGAGCAGGAGACCAUGGGAAGGGGGGUCCAGAGACCCAGAGAGUCUUCACGGCUUGGUCUAGCAUACACCCCACAACCGGACCUGCUGAGGCCACCCGAGGCAGGGCCCUGAGAACCCUGCUGCAGGUGUCCCUCUAAUCACCGAGAAUCCCUUAGUGACCUCGAGAGGAGGCCAGACCUGAAUAUGACUGGCUCUGCCCCUGAUCGGCUAAGGGACUCUGGGCUGGUUACUCCACCUCUCUGAGCCUGUUCCCUCUUUGCUAAAUGUAAUCAUAGUAUCUGCCUCACGGGGUGCAUAAGUUUCUUGGGGCUGGCAUACCAAAUGACCACAAACUUGGUGGCUAAAACAACAGAAAUGUAUUCUCUGCAGUUCUGGAGGCCAGAAGUGUGAAGUCGAGGUGCCAGCUGGGCUGAUCUCCCUCCGGAGGCCUUAGCAGAGAAUCCCUCCUUGCCUCCUCUAGCUCAUACAACUCCAAGCUCGUCUCCAUCUUCCCAUGGUUUCCUCUUCUCCCUGGGUGACACCUCUUCUGUCUCUCAUAAGGACAUUUAUCAUUGGAUUUAGGGCCCGCCAGCUAAGCCAACAUGCUUAUCUCAAGAUUCUUAGCUUAAUUACAUCUGCAAAGACCCCUUUUCCAAAUAUCACAUCGACAAGUUCUAGGAGUUAUAACGUGGACAUAGAUUUUUGGGGGUUGCCAUUCAUUCCACUACAAAGGGUCACUGUGAGGUUUGAGGGCAAAGCUGCCUGGAGAGGGUAAGGUCCAGAGCCCAGCCACGUAGAAAGCAUUCAGUAAAUGAAAGCAGUUCUCACUGUAAGAAAUUUGACAUGUUUAUUAAGAAAUAAACUGCAAAGGCUGGGCAUAUUGGCUCACGCCUGUAGUACCAGCACUUUGGGAGGCCAAAGCAGGAGAAAACCUUGAGCUCAUGAGUUCAAGACCCACCUAAGCAACAAAGUGAGACCCCAUCUCUACAAAAAUAAAAAUAAAAAAAUUAGACAGAUGUGGUGGCAUGCACCUGUAGUCACAGCUACUUGGGAGGCUGAGGUGGGAGGAUCGUUUGAGUCCAGGAGGUGGAAGCUGCAGUGAGCUGUAAUCGUGCCACUGCACUCUAGCCUAGGCAACACAGCAAAACCCUUUCUCAAAAGAAAAAGAAAAAGAAAAAAACUUCCAUAAAAGCAGACGAUUGCAAAUCCUCAUAGCAAGAGGCAAAGUUGCACAUGGGCAGAGUGAGAGGUUGGCUUGGGCCGGAGGCCUGCUCGGGGAGGACAGACAGAGACAGAGGAAGUUCCAUGCAGAGAGAAGUGGGAAAGUACAGGGCCAAGGGCUAAGCCCAAAGGCAUCGGCCAAGACAGGGAGGGGUGGAGGGCUCUGGAUGGAAACCCAAAGACUAGAAGAUCAAAUGGCUUAGUGUUCAAACAUAAGUCUGGGCUUUCUUCUAGAGGUACUGGGGUAUCUGAGCAGGGACGGCGUGAUUCAAACGGUAUGGCAAGGCUUCGUUAGCAGGGAGGGGAGGAGAAUCAAGAGGCAGAAACUGAAGGAGAGAGACGGGUUUCCAAGGGCCUCCUGUAGCUUGACAGGCAUCUCAGGCUCACAAGAAUACCAGGAAAGAAGGAAAGACACCCCUUUGUCACAUAAGGCAAUUAAGCCUCAGAAACCACAAUGGCCUACCCAAGACUGGACAUCAGUGCAAACUGGGAUUUGAACCCGGCUCUGAAUUUCCCGACUUUAGAUCUGGCUGGGGAGGUAGGCUUGCCAAGCGAGCCCCAGGACCACCCCUUGGUCCAUGUGGUUACUCAUCUUUCAUCCAUCCACCAAGCCAUCUGACCAAUUCAUCACCUCCCCAUCAUCUGGGCACUAAUCAUCUGUCUUAACAACUGCCCACCAUUCAGCUGCCAUCACCAGGGUCAGGGCUGCACUCCUGGCACCCAAGUUGCCCAGGGCGUUAAGAAAAACACCUGACGAUGCUGGUCAGUGAUGUUUACUGAGCUCUUAUUGUGGGCUGGGCCUGAGCUAACUGCUUGAUAUAAAUUCUCUCCUUUAUUAAUAAUUCUUCUAAUGUCCGAAUGAGGUCAGUACAAUUAUUAUCCCUAUUCUGCAGAGAUGGGGAAACUGGGACUUGUUCAGGCGAAUCCCCAGGGCUGACCAUGUGGAAAAAGCAGAUCUGGGAUGCAGACUCAGCUUAAUCUGACCCAAGGGCUCCUACCCUGAACCAGUAGCUGGGACUAUCCCCAGGGUACCCCUGAGAGCUGCCCCAGCCUGGGGGUGAGGGUAAGGGGUAGGGGGCUUUGUCUUGGCUGAGCCACAUCUCUCACACCCCUGUGGCCUGUGCCAUCAUAAUCAGCCCCAACUAUGUAACCAGGUGGGCUGCCAGGGUCUCUGUAAAGCUAGGCCUGCUGGGAGAGGACGAGGAGGAGGCCCUGCCCCUCCAAACGUGGCCUCCUAUGGACACCAAGACUCACAGCCUUCCUAUCACCCACACUCAGCUCCAUAGCAACUCUCAGCCCCAAAGCUGCACCUGCACCCGCCACUGCCAAACCUUCAGCCAGAGUUGCAGACAGAGCCAUUGUGGCAGCCGGAGUCGGAGCUCCAGCCAGAGACCGGCCAGCCACCGCAACCCAACUGGAGCCCACAGCUCAUCCGGCCACCAGAGCCAGAGUCCCAACACUAGUCCACCACCAAAGCGCCACAAAAAGACUAUGAACUCCCACCACUCUCCCAUGCGGCCCACCAUCCUGCACUGCAGCUGCCCCAAGAACAGAAAGAACUUGGAAGGCAAGCUGAAAACGAAAAAAAUGGCCAAGAGGAUCCAGCAGGUGUACAAAACCAAGACGCGGAGCUCAGGACGGAAAUCCAACUAAUGAGACCGCACUCCUUGGCUUGUUCCUGUGUGUUUCACCCAAAGGAGAAAAUGCUAGGAUGAAGUCAAUCUUCUUGCAGGAACAUGUUACUAUGGUGAUUUCUACGCAACACUAAUUAAAGCUUGUACCUGGAAGACUA